UUCGGCGCAAGCAUCUCUUUCAUUCAGAAGUCUCAAGGGUUGUGACAAAUCUUGGUCUGGAAAUGCAAGAUUGACUAAUUCACCGUUAAAAGAAGAAUUUUUACUGAGAAAAGAAACAACAAAUGGCGCGGUUUCUCAACAAAGCUUCUUCUUCUUCUCUAUUGCGCUCUUUAGCAGCAGCUGAACAGGAAUAUAAAAAUGGAAUUUUCAUGUCAUCAGCAUCCCAAUUUUGCAACUUCUCUUCUAAAGCCUCAGCCAAGCAGAAGUCUAAGUCUAAGUCUAAGUCUGGUGCAGGGAGUUUAACCAAAGAAGAUGCAGCAUUGCAACCAGCCUUGUCCAAGCCUAAGUCUAAGUCUAAGACUAGAUCUAGUGCAGUGAGUUUACCUAAGGAAGAUGUUGCACUGAAGCCAGCCUUGCCCAAGUCUAAGGCGAAGUCUAAGUCUGGUGCAGGGGAUUUAGCGAAGCAAGAUAUAGCAUUGCAGCUAAGCUUGCCUAAGUCUAAGGCUAAGCCUAAGGCUAAGUCAGGUGCAGGGAAAUUGCCGAAGGAAGAUAUAGCUUUGCAAAAAGCUUUGGAUAAGAUAAGUGCCUCUUUUGGGAAAGGAGCUAUUAUGUGGCUAGGUAGGCAAGAUACUCCAAAGACUGUUCCUGUGGUGUCUACAGGGUCUUUUUCUUUGGAUAUGGCAUUGGGGAUUGGUGGACUCCCAAAGGGGCGUGUUGUCGAAGUGUAUGGUCCUGAGGCUUCAGGAAAAACAACUCUUGCUCUUCAUGUAAUUGCUGAAGCCCAGAAGCAAGGAGGUGUUUGUGCUUUUUUUCAUGCGGGGCAUGCUCUUGAUCCAGGACUAGCUGAGGCCAUUGGUGUCAAUACAAAAAAUUUGCUUCUCUCACAACCUGACAGAUGUGAACAAGCUCUUAGUCUCGUGGACACCCUAGUCAGGAGUGGUUCUGUCAAAGUUGUUGUUGUGGACAGUGUUCCACCGGUUCACCCUGAAAGUGAACUUGGUGUUGGUGGUGAGAUGGGGAAUCUAGACAUGGCUGUACAAGCAAGACUGAUGAGCCAGUUACUUAGGAGGUUGAGCCAUUCUUUAUCACUCUCUCAGACAAUUUUGAUAUUUAUUAAUGAGGUUACAUCGCAUCAAGAAGUUAGUUCACUGGGUACUGCAUUGAAGUUCUAUGCAUCUGUGCGGUUGAAUAUGAAAAGGAUUGGCCUCGUAAAAAAGGGAGAAGAGACUGUUGGAAGCCAAGUACUUGUGAAUGUUGUGAAGAAUAAGCAUGCUCCUCCGUUUAAGGCUGUCCAAUUUGAGCUUGAAUUUGGCAAGGGGAUAUCCAGUGAGGGAGAGCUUGUAGAGUUGGGGUGCAAACACGAGCUUAUCACCAGAUUAGAAGAUGGUUUCUACAGUUUCAACGAUCAGAUCUUUCGUGGGAAAGAUGCUCUUAAGAAAUACUUAGCUCAGAACCUUCAAGUACGAGAAGAACUCGCGGUAAAGCUACGCGAAAAGGUAUUUCCCACUGAUGCCAAUGAUGAAGAAGCAGCUGAGGCUCGAGGGAGGUAGAUAUCUUGAAUUCCAUUUUGGGCUUGGUUAUAUCAGCAGAAAGCUUCAGCAUUGAGAUGGGCGAAGACUUGUCCGCCUUCAAAUUCAGAAUGGCUAGGGCCGGAAGCUUCGGUAGAGUUGCUAAGGUGGCUAUGCACAUUAAGAACUUGGGAAUUGGGAUGUGGCUAGUAAGAAUGCCAAUUUUGUUUCAGUGCGGAAGGGUACUUGUUUUUUCUGACUUGCUCAACUCACCUGUAUGUCACCUGUGGGUCUGACUCGUAUAAGCAAUGAUCGCUGUUAAUCUGAUUCUACACU